AUGCAAUACAACCUGAUCGGGAGCAGAAUCAACAACCACUACGUGGUGGACCCCUACGUGAGCAUGCUCUACUUAAAAAGGGCAUACAAGUUUUUGAAGCUGCUGAAGGAAAACGGUGGCGAGGUCAUCAUCGUGGGUAACAAACACAAAGAAGUCAACUUGGAAAAUUAUUUUAAGAACAUUCAGCGCAAGGACAUCUGUGAUCACAAUACAAUAACAAAUGUUACAAAGAAGUAUGACCUGCUCGUUUGCACCGACCUCCCAUUGUUCUACCCCUACAUUAGAAACGUCCUCAUACCAAAAAUGUUGGUUGCAGAUGGAAACACCUUCGUCAACUACAAGACAUACUUGCAUGCCUUCGACUACUUCAUCCCGCUGACAAAUCAAAAGCUCGAUCAACACCUGCACUAUGUGCUCGCGCGCAGGUACCUCUCGUGA